GCCCCCAGUCUCUCUCCCCCCACUCCCCAGGAAGGGAGAAACUGAGGCCUAGAAAGGCGAGUGAAUCUCCUCCUUGAGCCUUCUCCUCCUUUGGCCAUCUCAGAGCCCUGCUCAGACCCGGGAGAAGGGGGAGAGCGAUGCCCCCCUCCCCAUGGGAAUAUUCAGGCCAGAGGGAAGGGAUCACAUGGGCUGAGGAGGAGGAAGCCAGAAGCAGCAGCUCCACAGCCGGAAGACUGGAGGUCAGACAACAGGAAGGACUUUCCACCAGGGUGAUAUGCACGUCUCAGAAGAGGGAACAUUCCCAGGUCACCUGGAUGCAAUGGAUUGGACGUGUUGACCUCUGACCCCCUGCUGCUCUCUGUGGUCUCAGGUUGCCGGGGUCCCGGUGGCUUUGGGGGAGCCUGCGCCCCGGCCUGGUGCUGUAGGAUGUCCCCGUGCCCUCCUCAGCAGGUGAGGAAUCGGCCAGGACCACCACCAGCCCCAGAACUGGGGGAGAUGGAGCUGACUUGGCAGGAAAUCAUGUCCAUCACAGAGCUACAGGGCCUGGACACCCCGCCGGAGACCCCCUACGAGCUGGCCCUGUAUGGGGCGCAGCCCCCGGCCCCCGGCUUCGGCCCUUGCAGCCUCCUCCCCGCCUGCCCCCCGUCCUCCUGCGGCCAGCCCCCCCCGCCCUACGCCCGCCCCUACCCCGCCCCGCCGGAGCCCGGCCCCUACCCCUACGACGUCUUCGGUCUUCCCGCCCCUGGCCCGCCGCCCCCUAAGCCCCUCACCCUCUCCGGCCUCCUGAGCGAGCCACUCCCUGACCCCCUGACCUUGGCCGAGAUGGUCCUGCCGAGCGCGGCCGCCACCCUCCUGGCCCCGCACAAGUGCCCCGAGGACCCCGAGUCCGACUCCGGACUGUCCCUCAACUACAGCGACGCCGAGUCCCUGGACCCCGAGGCCGGGGUGGGCGAGGCGGGGCGGGGGCGGCCCGAGUACGCCGAGCUCUUCCCCCCGGCCUUCCCGCCGCCCCCGCCUCCCCCGCCGCCCCCGCCGCCAGCCUGGGCCUCCCCGCCGGGCCCGGCCCGACCCAAGCCCCCCGGCCGCGGAGAGGCCGGCUGCCGGGACCAGCGCCGGGCUCUGGCCAUGAAGAUCCCCUUCCCCACGGACAAGAUCGUCAACCUGCCCGUGGACGACUUCAACGAGCUGCUGGGCCGGUACCCGCUGAGCGAGAGCCAGCUGGCCCUGGUGCGGGACAUCCGGCGUCGGGGCAAGAACAAGGUGGCCGCCCAGAACUGCCGCAAGCGCAAGCUGGAGACCCUGGUGCAGCUGGAGCGCGAGCUGGCCGAGCUGAGCACCCGGCGGGAGAGGUUGCUGCGGGCCCGGGGCGAGGCCGGCCGGACCCUAGGGCUCCUGCGCCAGCAGCUGGGCGACCUGUACCGCGACGUCUUCGCCCGGCUGCAGGACGAGGAGGGCAACGGCUACUCGCCCGACGAGUACGUCCUGCAGCAGGCGGCCGACGGCACCGUCUUCCUGGCGCCCCGCGGGACCCCGGCCCAGGAGGACUGAGCGCCCGGACCGGGGAGGGAGGGGACGUCUGAGCCCCCCGGCCGGGCCGCCCGGAGUCCAGGGGCCGCCCGGCUGGACUUACCGGGGGACCGGCAUCACGGGCGUUGAUGCCCCCUGGCCAAACGGACUGAGAGCCGGGGCGUCCGUGUCCUCUGUUGGACGGACUGAGGGUCAGUCUGCGGGCAUCGAGCGACACACAGGAGCAGAAGCCGCUGGGCCAGCUGUGCUCAGCCCAGGUUGUGGCCCCGCCAUCGGCCGGAGGCUUUGGCAGAUAAAACGUGCACUGAAAUCA